AUGGAGGUGGUUGAUAUUGUCGUGACAUUUUACAUAAUCUCGCGACAAGUCCAGCCAACUGCAGCAAAGAUUGCACUCCCUCGAGAAUCAUCAUAUGAGUAUUUCCGAUUUCCUGUCCUCUGUAAUUCCCGGAAAAGUUUUCGUGACCCUGAAAAAAGUCGUGACGAUAUCAACAGCACUAUACCCGAAGUCCCAAAGUUGCGUCAGAUAUUUCAACGCUUCGUCAAUAUUAUUGAGGAGGCUAUACUCUAUAAUUUGGGACACAAUGUGCGGAUGUGGCGUGUCGCACACUUUGAAUACGUUUUCCGAGUUUACGUAAUUGAAGGCGGACCAGGUCGAUUGUAG